UGCAAAAAAAAUUUUAAUAUAAAUUUAUGAUAGGUUAGAGUUUAGACACAUAAAAAUAACAAAAAAAUUUCAAAUUGUCUUGAAAACUUCUUGUUGUACCUCUAAUCAUUCCACACAUGUCCACAAAAAUUUCCACACAAAAGACCCAUAAAACCGUAAACUUGUUAGUUAGUCCAUUAAAUUAGCAAAAAUAAACUAUUUUGUCUUCUUAUUGUUCUAACUAACAACUACUUUUCCCACUUAUCUCUCUCACCCACUUUUAGUAAACAUUUUUAGUAAUUUAUUAUAGUAAUUUAGUACUAGAAGUAGAGAAAUGAUCAUGAAGAAGAAACAAAUUAGAUAAUUCUAUUAAUGGAUUAUUCUUUACGAAGGACAUCCUUCAAUAAUAAAUCAUCCCAUGGUUCAUCAUCUUCUUUCAAAAAUCGUCAUCACAACAUCUCUAUCUCUGCUUCCCACGACUCUAAUAACCUUUCCAAUUAUAGUACUGAUGAGGAUGAAUCAGCUAUUCUUGCAAAAAAACUUGCACAAAAUUUCCCACAUCACCAUGAAAAUGAUGUUGGUGCGAGUUUUUCCACCAGUUACCCCAUGAACAUGAACUCCUCUAUCGAUGGUGAAGUAAUUGUUAAAAUUGAGCCAUCCAUGAUGGAGAUGCAAGAUGAAAGUAUAAGAAGAAAUAACAAUAUUGGUCUAAGGACUAAUAAUAAUACUACAUUGUGUAAGGAAUUCUCAUUCCCUAGGCCUAUUGAUGAUAAAGAAGGAGGAGGAAAAGAAGAAGGAGAAGAAGAUGGACGACGAUUUAACAAUGUUAAAUCUGUUAGGUCCCAAAAACAGGGUCAUUGUGGUACAGGUACAGAUCCAACAUCAAAAUUGAUAGGAAAAUUCUUAGAACAAGAGAAGGAAAAAGAAAAAAUGACAUUGGAUAUGGAUAUGGAGAUGGAUGAGCUACAACCACGUCAAUUGCAAUCAGGACAUGGACAAUGUGGUCUACCACCAUUGCCCCCAGAUCAUUCGAGUUGGAGUCGAAAUCAGAGUGAGAUUCAAAGCCCUGAUCGUACAAGUAGUCAUCAAUAUAAAAUCAUUACUCCUAAUAAUAGUACUCAUAAUCAUAAUAAUGAUCCAUGUAAGGAACCUCGUGUUUCCUUCCAUGAAUCAUUAACAUCGGAGUUGGUUAGAAGACCUUCUUCCAUGUACAGUAAUAUACAGGAUGAUUCUUCAUCCUGUACAUCAUCUAUGUCAGGGGAUGAGGAUCAUAAUAAUAAUAACAUGGAACAUAACCAUAGUGCUGAAAUGUUAAGGUGUCCUUCAAAUAGGACACCUAAUAAUAAUACUUCAUAUCGUAGAAUGCCAAGUAUAUGUUUGUCUAAGACGAAAUCUAGGCUUAUAGACCCUGCUCCGGCAACACCAGUUGAACAAAGAUCAGGUGUGAUGCGUAAGUCUGGUCAAUUGAACACCAGGUCGGGUUUACUUGGGAAGUCAUCAAUGCUUGAUGAUGAUGAGGAUGAUCCAUUUUUGGAGGAUGAUUUUCCAGAUGAGUUCAGAAGUGUUAAAACUAGUACAUUGAUGAUUCUUGAAUGGGUUAGUCUUAUUAUAAUAAUGGGUGCAUUGAUUUGUAGUCUUGUAAUUCCUAUAUUAAGGAAAAAAACACUUUGGAAAAUGAAGUUGUGGAAAUGGGAAGUUUUGAUACUUGUACUAAUUUGUGGAAGAUUAGUAUCUGAUUGGGGGAUUAGGAUACUUGUGUUCUUCAUUGAGAGGAAUUUCUUGCUUCGAAAACGAGUUUUGUAUUUUGUUUAUGGUUUGAAGAAGGCAGUACAAAAUGUAAUUUGGUUAGGACUUGUUCUCCUAACAUGGUAUUUUUUGUUUGAUAAGAAGGUUUUAUUAGAAUCUAGGAGUGAACCACUUAGAAUUGUGACAAAAUUGUUAAUCAUAGGUGAAGUAGGAGCAAUUUUAUGGUUGUUGAAGACAUUAUUGGUUAAGGUGUUGGCAUCAAAUUUUCAUGUAAAGGCCUUCUUUGAUCGAAUACAAGAAUCUUUGUUCAAUCAAUUUGUUAUAGAGACACUCUCAGCACCACCAUUAUUCGAAUUUCAGCAAGCACAAGAAGAAGAAGAGAGAACAAUGGCGGAAGUACAAUCGCUUCAGAAUGCAGGAGUUAGUGUGCCUUUAGACCUUAGAGCUGCUGUUUUUGCACCUACCAAAAGUGGAAGAACGACGCCCCAUCAUCAUCAUCAUAAUGGAAAUGGAAACGGAAAUGGAAAGAAUUAUAAGAGUCCGAUAGGACAGAGUACUAGGUACUCUGAACCACCAUCUAAGAAGCAUGAUGAGGGAAUAACUAUUGAUAGAUUGCAUAAACUAAAUCAAAAGAAUGUUUCUGCUUGGAAUAUGAAGAGAUUGAUGAGAAUUAUUCGUCAUGGAGCCUUAACUACCUUGGAUGAACAAAUUGUCGAUUCAACAACUCAUAUAGAAGAUGAAACUGGUACACAUAUUAGAAGUGAGGUUGAGGCUAAGGCUGCAGCAAGGAAAAUUUUUCGCAAUGUUGCUAAACCUCAUUCUAGGUACAUAUAUUUGGAGGACAUUAUGCGUUUUAUGCGAGAAGAUGAAGCCAUUAAGACAAUGGGUCUCUUCGAAGGAGCUAUUGAAAAUGAGAGAAUUAACAAAAAAUCAUUGAAGAAUUGGGUGGUUAAUGCAUUUCGAGAACGAAGAGCCCUAGCAUUGACUCUUAGUGACACAAAAACAGCCGUUAACAAGCUUCACAAGAUGGUGAAUGUUUUAGUGAGCAUCAUCAUAGUCCUUAUCGGAUUUAUCUAUCUUAAAAUAAUAACCUCACAAAAUCUAUUAUUCUUUAGCUCUCAAAUAGUUGUUGUGGCCUUUGUUUUCGGAAACACUUGCAAGAACAUAUUUGAGUCCAUCAUUUUCUUGUUUGUGAUCCACCCAUAUGAUGUUGGUGAUCGUUGUGAGAUUGAUUCAGUUCAGAUGGUGGUGGAGGAGAUUAACAUACUAACCACAGUAUUUUUAAGAUAUGAUAAUCAAAAGAUAGUUUUCCCAAACUACAUUCUUCUAACAAAGCCUAUCCAUAACUAUUAUCGUAGCCCUGAUAUGGGAGAUGGAAUUGAAUUGUGUUUCCACAUAGCAACUCCUGCUGAAAAAAUUGCAGUUAUAAGGCAGAGAAUUACGAGUUAUAUAGAUAAUAAGAAGGAGCACUGGUAUCCAAGUCCAAUGAUUAUUCUAAAGGACACAGAUGGUUUACAUAUGUUGAGAUUAGCAGUUUGGUUACAACAUAGGAUGAACCACCAAGACAUGGGAGAAAGAUGGACAAGGAGGGCACUAUUGAUAGAAGAAUGUAUUAAGAUUUUCAGAGAGAUGGACAUUGAGUAUCGUGUAUAUCCAAUGAAUGUUAAUGUUACAUCCAUACCACCUCUCCAUUAUGCUCACCAUGCUCCUCCACCACCAUGGAAUGCUCCUCCUUCGUAUGAACAUGGAAAAGAGGUUGCUCACACUUAAUAAUCAAAGUUAUGCAUACAUACAUUAGCUUAAUUUAGCUUAUGAUGUGAUAAAUUGAUGAAUUACUUAUAAAGAAGGCCAAGAUUGAUUUAUUUUUUUCCAAUCUUU